CUUGAAGACUGGUCGCCUUAUUGCGACAGCACGGGCAUGACGAGGCAGACCAAGCUUAACCAGCUGCCUGUCGAGCCAAACGGACUUCUCUGGCAAGAUGACUUCAUCGACCCCGAACACGAGCAGCGCCUGCUCUGGAUCUUCCGCAAUGAGUUGACCUGGGCCGAUCGCCCCGGUCGACUCUCCCUGCACUACGGCUACACCUUCGACUAUAAGACCUUUGGAAUAGACCCGGAUAUCGACUACAAGCAGUUUCCCGAAUGGCUGCGGCCGCUGAUUCCCACGACCGAGAACCGCCCGCCCGACCAGGUCUGUUUGCAGUAUUACCCGCCCGGCGCUGGCAUCCCGCCGCAUGUAGAUGCCCACGGACCCUACGACCAGCUCUAUGCGCUGUCUCUGGGCGCGCCGGUCAUCAUGCAGUUCCGGAAUGGCGACCGGCGCGUGGAUGUCGAUCUCACUCCGCGCAGUAUGAUUUCGUUCACGGGCGACUCGAGGCUACAUUGGACGCAUGGGAUUAAGAAGCGCAAAUCAGAUAUACUCGCGGACGGGACGGCCAGGGCCCGUGCGGAGCGGUGGAGCAUUACGUAUCGCUGGCUCAGAGAAGGCGAUUGUGAAUGCGGGAAUGUUGAGCUGUGUGAUGUAGCUCAGAGGCGGAAUGGCAUCGAGAAGGAGAAGAGGUCAGUGAAGGCGUUAGAAGCCGAGGCACUUGGACAAACAAAUGAAGCGCAGGCGCUUGCUGCGUCUAUUCACGGACACUGAUAAGAUUCGGAGAUUUAAGAUGUGCGGUUGUUAUACCAAGUUACAGGGAAUGCACACUUCCCUGGAGGAAGACUUGGAGAGUUGACAAUUUCAACACAAUACUAGCUGAAAGCACAAAAAAAAAAAGUAUAUUACGUUAGUGGCACAGCUGCAGAGAUUCCACAACAGAUCUCAGACUCUGGAAGCUCACCCUCGUAUAGAUGAUCUCCCAUGCACGUCAGGGUAGAAUACCCUCCAGGAGUGCACCUUGCAGAUAUCUAGCUCCAAAACUCAUUUAUUUAAAAGGGCUACCCAAACAUUGCAUAAUCAUAAAUUAACUCAAUGCCGACAGAGAGUAUAUCAAAAUCUUACUUUUA